GUCCAUUGAAUCGCGCGGGCGGCCGGCGGCGAGCGCGGGGCUGCGCCGGGAUCGCUGCGCCCUCCGCCGCUGGCCUCUGCGACGCGCGCCGCUCGCCCGAGCCACCCGCCGCCGCGCCGGCUCCCCGCGCCGCUGCGCUCCUCGCCCCGCGCCUGCCCCCAGGAUGGUCCGCGCUAGGCACCAGCCGGGUGGGCUUUGCCUCCUGCUGCUGCUGCUCUGCCAGUUCAUGGAGGACCGCAGUGCCCAGGCUGGGAACUGCUGGCUCCGUCAAGCGAAGAACGGCCGCUGCCAGGUCCUGUACAAGACCGAACUGAGCAAGGAGGAGUGCUGCAGCACCGGCCGUCUGAGCACCUCGUGGACCGAGGAGGACGUGAAUGACAACACACUCUUCAAGUGGAUGAUUUUCAACGGGGGCGCCCCCAACUGCAUCCCCUGUAAAGAAACGUGUGAGAACGUGGACUGUGGACCUGGGAAAAAAUGCCGAAUGAACAAGAAGAACAAACCCCGCUGCGUCUGCGCCCCGGAUUGUUCCAACAUCACCUGGAAGGGUCCAGUCUGCGGGCUGGAUGGGAAAACCUACCGCAAUGAAUGUGCACUCCUAAAGGCAAGAUGUAAAGAGCAGCCAGAACUGGAAGUCCAGUACCAAGGCAGAUGUAAAAAGACUUGUCGGGAUGUUUUCUGUCCAGGCAGCUCCACAUGUGUGGUGGACCAGACCAAUAAUGCCUACUGUGUGACCUGUAAUCGGAUUUGCCCAGAGCCCGCUUCCUCUGAGCAAUAUCUCUGUGGGAAUGAUGGAGUCACCUACUCCAGUGCCUGCCACCUGAGAAAGGCUACCUGCCUGCUGGGCAGAUCUAUUGGAUUAGCCUACGAGGGAAAGUGUAUCAAAGCAAAGUCCUGUGAAGAUAUCCAGUGCACUGGUGGGAAAAAAUGUUUAUGGGAUUUCAAGGUUGGGAGAGGCCGGUGUUCCCUCUGUGAUGAGCUGUGCCCUGACAGUAAGUCGGAUGAGCCUGUCUGUGCCAGUGAUAAUGCCACUUAUGCCAGCGAGUGUGCCAUGAAGGAAGCUGCCUGCUCCUCAGGUGUGCUACUGGAAGUAAAGCACUCUGGAUCUUGCAACUGAAUCUGCCCGUAAAACCUGAGCCAUUGAUUCUUCAGAACUUUCUGCAGUUUUUGACUUCAUAGAUUAUGCUUUAAAAAAAUUUUUUUUAACUUAUUGCAUAACAGCAGAUGCCAAAAACAAAAAAAGCAUCUCACUGCAAGUCACAUAAAAAUGCAACGCUGUAAUAUGGCUGUAUCAGAGGGCUUUGAAAACAUACACUGAGCUGCUUCUGCGCUGUUGUUGUCCGUAUUUAAACAACAGCUCCCCUGUAUUCCCCCAUCUAGCCAUUUCGGAAGACACCGAGGAAGAGGAGGAAGAUGAAGACCAGGACUACAGCUUUCCUAUAUCUUCUAUUCUAGAGUGGUAAACUCUCUACAAGUGUUCAGUGUUGACAUAGCCUUUGUGCAAAAAAGAAAAAGAAAAAAGAAAAAUAUACUGUCCAUACUGUAAAUAAGUGUAUGCUUAUUUAUUUGGGGGGAAAACUAUACAUUAAAGGACCUUUGUCCUAAAGCUCUCUCCCAGGCCACCUUGUUACUCAUUGGACACGGAGAGGCAUUCAUUGUGAGGUCUACUGGAUGAGGCCCAUAGUUGAGACUUGUAGACAUUUAUUUAUACUGUGUCAUGUUUUAUAAUUUAUACAUAAAAUGUCUGGUUGACUGUAUACCUUGUUUUUGAAGAAAUUUAUUCGUGAAA